GGCUCCCGCCCCCUAUUGGCCCCGCCCCUUCCGGGCCCUGCCCGCCCCACGCGCCGAGGGAAGAUGGCGGCGCCCAGCGCGGCAGGACUGGGCCGGCGGUUGCGGGCCUGGCUGCCCUGGUUGACACAGGUGAGAUGGAGUCGCUACAACCCCAGUUACUUAGAGCCAGAAGUGAACAAGGAAUUUUAUCGGAAACCUCAGGAGGAGCUGUCUGAAGAGGAAAAGGAAAAACUGGAGGAGAAAGCUGUUAAACCCAUAAAAGCUGCUCCUCCCAAUGUCUCCAGCUCUGUGUUCAGUGACCCGAUGAUCAGUAAAUUCACUAAUAUGAUGAUGAAGGAUGGAAAUAAAGUGCUGGCCAGAAGCCUCAUGGCUCAGACCCUGGAGGCCAUUAAGAGGAAGCAGCUGGAGAAGUACCACAAAGCUCCAGAAGAUGAGAAGGAAACAAUUGAAUGCAACCCUUAUGUCAUCUUCCACCACGCUCUGAAAAACUGUCAGCCCAUCAUUGGGCUCAGCAGCAUCACAAAAGGAGGCAAAACCUACCAGGUCCCAGUCCCUCUGAAGGACAAUCGGAAGCGCUUCCUGGCCAUGAAGUGGUUAAUCACUGAGUGCAGGGAGAACAAGAACCGGAGGACGCUGAUGCCUGAGAAGCUCUCCCAGGAACUGCUCCAGGCCUUCAACAACGAAGGGCCCAUCAUCAAGAAGAAGCAUGUGCUGCACAAGAUGGCAGAGGCCAACCGGGCUUACGCCCACUUCCGCUGGUGGUAGGGACUGGCAUGGGACACAGUGCCACCAGCCCCAUGGCCUGGAGAGCGGAGCCCCAGGGCUGCCUGCCUGGGAGAAGCGGGAAAGGUGGACAGCUUCUGGACUAAGCCAGGGAAAGCUCAUCCGAUGCCCACAGGGUUCAUUUCCUUUGUGCUUGUGUGGAUGGGGGAAGGGGAGGAUAUGAAAGAGUUACCAACCCCUGUACAGAUGCUCUAGUUAUUUCAUAACCAUUUCCCUGUGAAGACAAGCCUUAGAUGUUUUUCUUACAGCAACACUGUACAAAAUAAUCCUCCACUUACCUAUUUCCUGGGGACUUGCAAGUCUCUGCUCCUGUAAUCAGCAAUGAUUUUGGCUGCACAGCUAAGAGCAGAGAUGGAAUUUUUUUCACACCAUAACCUGCCUUAGCAGUAUUGGUACAAAAGGCAAUAAAAGGCCCUUUUUGAUUUUUGGUUCUGGUCAUCGGCAACACUAUUGGCACAGAUUUGAUGGGAAUGUUAACGGAAAAAAAUAAAACCAGUUUUAUGGGGAA